GUGAGCCCGCAGUGCAGAAAAAGCGGCGCACUGGCCCGGGCCAAGGGCUUCUCCUCUCCUCCCUGUGGCCAUCGGCAAGAUGAAGCGCUUUGCCUUGACCUUUAUCCGCCAUGGCGAGACAAAUCUUAACAAGGAGAGAGUAAUUCAAGGACAAGGAGUAGAUGAACCCCUCUCAGAAACAGGUUUUAAACAGGCAGCAGCCGCAGGUGUGUUUCUUGAAAAUGUCCAGUUUACUCAUGUCUUCUGCAGUGAUCUCUUAAGGACAAAGCAGACUAUGCAUGGGAUUUUGGAGAAGAGCAAAUUCUGUAAAAAUAUGGCAGUGCAGUAUGACACAAGGCUUCGAGAGAGGAAAUAUGGAGUUGCAGAAGGCAAGCCACUCAGUGAGCUGAGGGCAAUGGCAAAAGCCAAGGGGGAGGAGUGUCCUUUCUUCACACCGCCGGGAGGAGAGACGCUAGACCAGGUGAAAAUGCGUGGGAUAGACUUCUUCGAAUUUCUCUGUCACCAGAUCCUGAAAGAAGCAGAUCAAAAUGAACAGGCUUCCCAAGAAGGUCCCAACAACUAUCUGGAAACGUCUUUGGCGAAGCUAUUCCCUUUCAGGAAAAACCAUGCCUCCAACUUCAAUUCAGACAGUGGUGCUCUGGACUUGGUGGCCAGUGUUUUAGUUGUGAGUCACGGUGCUUACAUGAGGAGUCUAUUUAACUACUUUAUCGUUGACCUCCAGUGUUCCCGACCAGACACGGUGACGAAAGCUGAACUCUUGUCAGUCAGUCCCAACACAGGGAUGAGUGUCUUUAUCAUAGACAUAAUGAAAGGAGAACAGGUUGAAACCGUAGUUCACUGUGUGUGUAUGAACUUCCAGGAGCAUCUCAAUGGGAUGAACUAAGACUCUCCCAAGCUAAGGGUUUUAGCUCUUAGCUUAAGUCAAGCUUGUAGUCUCGUGAGCCUCUUAAAGGUUAGUGGUGCCUUUGGUUUCGUCUUUCUUCUGCUAGUUCUGAUUUGGAAACGGUUCUCAAGCUAUCUAUCACAGCAGGAUAUAAAACUCAGCUGUUCUCAUAGCCACACUGAAACACUACUUUGGAACACCAUUUCUUUCUUUCUCUUUCUGUUCCGUUUGAUUUUGGGUAUGGGCCACAUCUGGCAAUGCUCAGGGCUUUCUCCUGUCUCUGUGCUCAGGGAUCACUCAACUCCUGGCUGGGCUCUGGGACCGCAUGGGAUGCUGAGGAUUGAACCCACCUCAGCCAUGUACUAGGCAAGCACCUUACCAGCUGUACUAUUUCUCUGGCCUCUGGAAUACUAGAAUUUAUUGUUUCAAACAGAAUGACUUGGUCUGAGUACAGUUGGAACUUUUCCAGAAUACUUUUAGUGCUGUGUAUGCUCAUUUAUAUCUUUAGAAGGUGAAUGGAUAAAGAAAUGAGUUUCUUUAAACUCAAUUGUUGCAAACUAAGGGAAUUAACAUCUCUUACUAUCAGUUGCUGUGUGUGUGUUGUUGUUGUUUUUUUUUUAAUCUUUUUGCAUUGUUAUUUUUCUUUAGGGCAAAAAAGAAAUCCACAAAGAUAAACCAAAACAGUUUAGCCCAUUUUAUUGACUUGGUACUAUAUGUUUUAUACUAUUUUAUCUGAUGCUUGAAGAUGUAACUAAAUACAGUUCUCACUGCAUAUUUAUAGUGACAGUAUGUUCUAUUUUUGAAGUCUUUUGAAAGUAUUAUCAUCCUAAGUCUAUAAACUUAAAAAAAUCACACUUGAAUCAAAUAUUAGCAAAUACAAAGGCAGAAGUCAACUGUUGAGUUUUUUUUUUUAAAUUAUAACGUCAUAAUUUUCUAAAUUGUACAUAAUACAAUUGUUUCAGGCAUUCAGAGUUUCAACACCAAUCCCACCACCUACCUGUAUGACCUUCCCAUCACCAGUGUCCCCAGUUUCCUACCCAUCCCCCAAACCUUGUAUCUCUUUGCAGGUACAAACAAAUGUACUUUAUAUUGCUCGUUAAAAUAAAAAUGGCAAGUGGAAUGAUCAAAAGAUAGAUAAAAUAAAAUCAAUAAAAGUAUCUGUGAUUUAUUCUA